AUGGUUUCGACCGCGCAGUUAAUUGGCAAACGACGCUUGCAUUGGUCCAUUGGGAAGAUUGCCCAGUUCUACAAGAUCAGGAAAUUCUCUGUGUCUGUUGCUCUUCGUUCCACUGAGCCUCCUGCCUCGCGGAGGGAGCAGCUUCCAGCCGCCCGCCUCCGCGAGUUCGGCAAGUUCGUGCAACUUCGCUUGCUCGUUGCAGUGUAUCAGGCGGGGCUGGAGCGGCAGCAGGUUGAAAAGCGGUUGUGGGCGUCACGCGCUGACCCUUUCCUUGGCUUCAUUUUGGCGCCUGGGCACCAUUGCGAGCACGUCGUUCGGCAUCUUGAUGCUUGCAGUCGCGCCUUGCUGGUCGGCCUGGAUCGCCUUCUUCGGCAGGGUUGGUGCGCCAUGUUGUGUCUCAUCAUCUGCGCGCGGGUGCUCCUGAUCUCCUCCGCCGCGGUGCCCGCGUUCAUCGACGCGUACGUCGCCGACCCUGUGGGCUCUGUGACCCGUCGCGCGCGCUUCGUGCGCAUGGCCCCGGGCGCUCCUUCCUACAAGCCCUACGGGAAACACGUCCUCAACGAAAAGCUCAAGAGGAAGCAAAGAGCAGGCUUUCGAGCGGUCGCAAAACUCCUCCGUGAACGCAGGGUGCUGCCCCCGUCUGUCCGGGAGAUGAGGUCUACCCUCGGGCUUGCUGACGGGGACCGAUGCUCUUUUGCGAUUAUGCAGGUCGCCAUGGAUGCCGCUAUGCGCAACAAGUCGUGGCAGGCGAAUUCUGCGCACUUUCAACGCGUUGGGGGCGGUUGCCAAUGCGAAGAGUUCUGGGGGAGGAGUCUUGAUCACAGGGAUCUCUGCGACAUAGCGGCCUGGAUCCGGAACCAGACAUGGCUCCACUACUGGUGCGAUGUGCUCUCUUUCACACAGAGGGGCUGGUGGUUCCUCGUCGAACACUCCCUGUGCGCCUUCCGCAAGUACAAGCGGGCACGCGGGAGUCGCGCGCUUAUCGCGUCCAGAACUGCCCUGAACACAGCCCUGCUGCAUUACCAUGACGCGACAAAUGAGAAGCACUACCGCGAUGCUGUAGCCGCACGCAGCAGACUUCUUGAGGCCAGGGGCGCGGGGCAGGGUUAGCCUAUCACGUGGGCGAUAGGCCUCCCUGGUUUGGCCAGGAUACUCCAGUGCGGCGCGGGGCGCUGCAGCUCGGUCAGACGAAAAAACAGAUUCCGAGCGGCGCAGCAGCGACGCAAGGGCGGGC